UGAUCCAUCCUCAACACUGUCAUUACUGCGAUUUACUAGUCCCACGAGUACGCGCCGCAAACUCAAGUUCAAGAUGGCAGACCUAAGUCCCAGUUCAACGGCCCCGGAGACGUCGAUGAUCACGAACAAGGCAUCGAUAGACAGCUUCAAUCGUGGACCGAUCACAAAGCGUUGGGAGCCGGCACCAUCAUGUUCGGAGACGAUGUCGUUCGACAACAACAUGUACUAUGGCUGGGGGGCUGCAGGUGUGGUAGAUUCCGCGUGUUACCCCCUGGGGACCAUGAAAUACGACGACAUAAAGCCCGCAAGCUCGUGGGAGUUGUACUACUACAGCCCAGCUGCCUGCCCAGAUGAUUGGGCACGUGCUCUCACAUUCACCGAUGGCAUACCACAUAACAACAUGUUGACAACUUUGUCUGUGUCAGCAAGUACUACUGCUAUUCUUUGCUGUCCUUCCGGCUUCCGGUACUACACAGAGGGACACGUGUGUACCUCAGCGAUAAAAGACGGCUCCACUGUGAAGUACGUCGUUCCCCAAAAUGACGACUUCGGCACACUCAAGAUCGGCCCCGUGAGCACCAGCUCGUAUACAGCCGAAUCGCAUGCCUUCGCGAACGGCAUAGUAGUAAUGUUCCAGAGCUCCGACGUCGCCAUGCUCAAAUCAGCGGCGGUAAACCCCACUGCCGCAGUAACAUCGACCUCCAACCUCUCAACCCCUACCUCGACUGGGCAUUCCGAGACCACAGGAACGGCCAGCAGUACUUCGGCGCCCACGGGCGCUGUGACAGACGCACAGUCGGGCACGAGUUCGGGGGGACUCUCCACAGGUGCCAAAGUCGGUAUGGGUGUCGGCAUACCCUGCGCACUGCUCCUCGGUCUGGUGUUUGGAUGGUUCCUGUUCCGCAGACGAAAGGCAAACCCAUACCCGCCUCCCGGGUACGACGAGGCGGGCAUGGUCAAGUAUGCCCAAGUUCACGAGGCCCAUUCCGAGCCGCCGGAAAUCGGGGGCAACCACAGGAUGGACAUACAGCCAUCGGAUACGAAGGUCGCCGCUGCGCAAGUGCAUCAGAGACAUGAGCUGCAGUGAGGAAUUUCACUGGGCCGGAGGAAAUGUGCAUCGUCGUUUAGCGCUUCUGUUCCAUACCAUACCCUUCUUUUGUAAUCUAGUAG